AUGAAUAAUUAGUAAUAAAUUAUAGCUGUCUUAACCUAAAUCAAAGAAUUCUAACAAAAAAUUAAAGUUAAGACAUCUAAAUAUCUUAAACAACUUGAUAUAUUCAAAUUGUAAUUAAAUCCUAAAGAAAUUCGAUUAUAUUUAAUAGGUAAUGAAUAAUUACCAUUUGGAUUAUUAUAUUGUAUAGGAAAUAAAUCUAAAGUUUUUGAUGGUAGUUUAAGGAAAUCUGCAUAUAGUGCUGAAUUAUUUUUGAAUAUUUUAGAAAAACAUCCAUAAAGAAUUGAAUUCAUUAAAGUAUUUGCAGAUCUUGAAGAUGAGGAAUACAAAUUGCUUUAAUUAUCUACUCAUGUAUUAACUGAUAAAAAAUUAUAAGAUAAAGGACUUAUUGCUUUUAAGAUUUUUAAGUACUUAAAAGAUGAAAGACCUCAUUUUAAUCUUGACUGUAUUCUUGAAAUUAAAAAACUCAAGGAAUAAUUCGAAAAAUUGGUAUAAGAGUGUGAGAGUCUAAUAGAUUUAAGAGUAAAUCCAAUAAACUACAUGGAAAGAAUCUGAUUAAGCACCUCCAGAGAAUCUGAACUUAUAAAGAGAGUAAAAUAAAAGAUAAAAGAAAUUAGAACAUAUUACUUUAUAAUGGGAUGGAAAUCCAGAAUAUUUAAUUAAAACUUUUUAUAAUCCUUUUAUUCCUCAAUAGAGAACUACUAAAUCUAAUAAAAAUAGAGGUGCAGCAUUAAAAAAAAAGUAAAUAGCUGAAAGUUUAAAUGCAGUUGUUGAUGUAGAAUCAGUUGAAUAAAUUAAAAAUUUGGAUAAAGUUAUUGUUAAAAUUCAUCUUGAUUCUCCAUAAUUUGAUGCUUAAACAUUCUUAAAAAUAAUAUAAUCAUAAAUUACAAAAUAAUCUAUGACUAUGCUCUAAUAAUAAAAUAUUGAAAUGAAUAAGAAUAUUGUAUACUAUUUUAUUGAUGAUUUCUUUUGUAUUAAUUAAGGCAUUUUAUAAAUUCAUAAUGAAUUCAUUUCUAAAGAAUUUAAGGAUCAAAUAAAGAGAAAAAAGUCAUUAGCAUAAAAUGAUAAGUCAAAUUAACCUAUAUAAGUUGAUCAAAUCUUAGUUUUUGGAUCUUUAUCUAAAAGAACAUUUUAAUUAUUGUCUAAAUUAAAUUAAAUUUCAUAAUCAAUGAAUUAAUUAAGAAUGAGUUAAAUAAAAUUUAAAAUCAGUAAUUGAUUUCAUUAGGAAAUGUGAAUAAUAUGUUUAAUUGCCAAAUUAAUUGAAAGAAACUUAUCUAUAAAGAAAUAAUGCUUAAGUGAUGAAACUUAUUUCUUUAUAAAAGGAGAAUAUGAAUUAAUAUAAAAAUAUAUCAUUGUUUAAAUAGUUGAAUGAAUAGAUAAAUUAAUUAAUGAAAUAGAUAUACAAUGAUAUGCUUUAAUAGAUAAAAUAAGAUAAUUUGGAGUACAAUUAAAUUUUAGAAAUAGCAGAAUACAUAAAUGAAUUAAAUUUAACUUAGAAUAGUACUUAAGAUAUUGUUAAUAAUCUUUAGCAAUCUAUAAUGAUAAGUUUUAUGACUUAUUUUAAUAAAACUUUGCUAUAGAGGGAUAAUGAAGCUUAUUAAGUUGAAAUGAUUAGAGGUGAUUUUAUUAUUGAAUUUCUUUAAUAAUGUUCAUUACCUUAAAAGGAAUUGUAAUUAUAGAAUUGCAAAGCUUUAGAAAAUUUUGUAAGUGGUAAAUUUAGCAAAUAAGUUAAAUAGUUUUUAAAUUUAUGUAGAGAUCUUAAUUUCAAUCCAAAUAUAUAAAAAUUGAAAGAAGAAAUUAAAAUUCUUUAAUUUUUGGAAUCAGCUUAAAAAUCAUGGUUUAGUUAUAAAUCUGGAUAUAGAAUCAAUUAAAAAUAUGUUUUAAUUUAUAGCUAAUCUAUUUGGAGAUACUCCGAAGAUAGAUAAUUCUAUUAAUGA